AUGCAGCUCCUCGUGCAGACCCUCGGCGGCGCCGUCGAGCCCGGCGUGAGGCAGGAGUACGGCGACAUGGAGGUGGAGGUCACCGCGCCCUCCUCCGCGCUGUACGGGGAGGACGGGAAGCGGCAGUCGGUGUGGAUGAGCCACGGCGACGAGGUCGUCAGGCUGCCCGAGGGGUUCGAGGUUGUGGCGCGCAGCGUGCAGGGCGCAAUCGCCGCCAUCGAGCACCGGGAGAAGCGCUUCUAUGGGCUCCAGUACCACCCGGAGGUGACACAUUCGCCCCAAGGGAUGGAAACACUGCGCCACUUUCUCUUUGAUGUUUGUGGGAUUAAAGCCGACUGGAAGAUGCAAGAUGUACUGGAUGAGGAGAUUAAGACCAUCAAAAGUAUGGUUGGGCCUGAUGAACAUGUGAUUUGUGCCUUAUCAGGAGGAGUUGAUUCAACAGUUGCAGCCACUCUUGUUCAUAACGCAAUAGGGGAUAGGCUGCACUGUGUUUUUGUGGACAACGGUCUAUUGAGAUAUAAGGAGCAGGAACGAGUUAUGUCAACCUUCAACAGUGACUUGCACCUUCCUGUCACAUGCAUUGAUGCCUCGGAGAAAUUUCUUAGCGAGUUAAAAGGAGUCAAGGACCCAGAGAUGAAAAGAAAGAUUAUUGGCAGGGAAUUCAUUGCUGUAUUUGAUGAAUUUGCUCACAUGUUAGAAAAGAAGAUAGGGAAAAGACCUGAAUAUUUGGUUCAAGGAACAUUAUACCCUGAUGUGAUUGAAUCAUGCCCACCCCCUGGGAGCGGGAGGACACAUUCCCACACCAUCAAAAGCCAUCACAAUGUAGGUGGCCUUCCCAAAGAUAUGAAGUUGAAGCUCAUUGAACCACUGAAGCUUCUAUUUAAGGAUGAGGUUCGGAAGCUGGGAAGUAUCCUAAAUGUCCCAGAGUCAUUCUUAAAGCGACACCCAUUUCCUGGGCCUGGUCUUGCUGUACGUGUCAUAGGUGAUGUUACAGCAGGCAAUGCUCUGGAGGUUCUUCGUCAGGUGGAUGAGAUAUUUAUUCAAGCCAUUAAAGAUGCAGGCCUCUAUGAUGAAAUUUGGCAAGCUUUUGCUGUGUUUUUGCCUGUCCAGACAGUUGGGGUCCAGGGUGACCAGAGAACUCACUCCCAUGUGGUUGCUUUAAGGGCAAUUACCAGUGAGGAUGGCAUGACUGCAAAUUGGUGUCCCUUUUCUUUUAAAAUCCUGCCAGGUAUGAUUUUGAACGCCCGUUCCUGGUUGAUGUGGUGA